GCUGCCUGCGGGCUGACGCUCUUUCCACAAUUUCUCUGCUGAAACGUCCUGCCUGAUUUCAUGGACCCGUUUGGUUGGUACCCUCCUCCUGGGCCGCCCCCGGUGCUAACGCUACCGGGGUUUGAGACUGACAGGUCUGCAGAUUGGACAUCUUGGGUGCUUCCUCCUCCGCCGCCCCCGCCGCCUCCCCAUCCUCCUUCAUCAGAGAAUUCCUGGGACUUCCAGCCGGCCCGGGACUGGUCAUGGGCUCCGGCUCCAGGCUACGAUGGUUUCGACCCUCAGCAGGGACACUGGUACCAACAGCCAGGCAGAAACUAUCAUUUCCCCAAGAAAAACCAUGACAGAUCAAAUAGAAAUUUCAAAAAUCAACAGAGUGGAAAACAGAAGCAAAAGAAAAAUAAGGAGCCAGUUUAUACGCAUUAUUGUGAUACUUGUGAUCGUGGCUUUAAAAAUCAAGAAAAAUAUGAUGAGCACAUUUCUCAGCAUAGAACAUGUUCAGUUGACGGUUGCAGUUUUAGUGCUCAUGAGAAGAUUGUUCAGAUUCACUGGAAAAAUAUGCAUGGUCCUGGUGCCAAACGGAUAAAAUUAGAUACUCCAGAGGAGAUUGAAAAAUGGAGGGAAGAGAGAAGAAAAAACUUUCCAACCCGGGCAAAUAUUGAAAAGAAGAAAAUGUUGCAGGAGGAAAAAGAGCAGAGGGGAGAAGUAUUGACAACCACACAGUUUGGAAAGAUGCAGAGGAAGUGGAAACAGCCACACAAUGAAGUGGCUGGGAAGCAGCAGUAUGGGAAGCACAGGAAGUGGCAGAAGUGGCAGAAAUGGCAUGGUGGCCGGAAAAUGCCAGAGAUGCAUGAAAACACGACCGUAGACCCUCCUCCAGGCCAUUCCCAAGCACCUGAGCCACUUGCGGCCCAGACGGAUGUCUACCAGAAGGACGUGGAUCCCCUGGGCAUGCUGGCUGACAGCGAGGCUGAGUCUGACAAGGAAGAGAAGCCAGAAAAUGUCGUCAUACCCAAGGAAGUCACAUCAGCUCUGGGCUUGUUGAUGACUAACUACGGGAACAUGUCAGGGUCAGAGAGUGAGCCAGAGGAAACUCCCAUCAAGACAGAAGAAGACCCUCCAGGAGAAAAUCAGGUCAUCCUCAGUGAUGUCCCUCAGAAUCAAAGUGAGGAUAUCAAGAAACAGGAAAGAAAUUCCCCUGUGGCCAAGACCAAGAGUUUAAGGAAAAAUUGGAUGAGAAAAAAUUGUAGGUAUAGGAGAGGCCUCUACAGAAAGAAGCCAGUAUCUGAACCACAGAAAAGACGUCGUCCACAUCUCCUAGAAAUGCUUUUAGCACAAGACAUAAGGCAUGAAAGAAAUGUGAUUUUGCAGUGUGUUCGAUACAUCAUCCAAAAUGACUUUUUUGGACUUAACUCCAAGGCAGAUCCACUAGGAAAAACUGAGAAUGGUCAGGUGUCUGAAGUUUCAGAAUCAUGAAUGUACCUAUCAGAAGAAGUCUCUGCUAGUGGCAUUUUGGAGGCCAUUCCUACAAGGAGGUACAGACAGAUGGGACAACUCUUAUUCUGCGUGAUAAGUCUCAUGUAAGAUAGGAUCUCAUACUCUUAGAGUGUUUCAUUGGAGAUGCCAACAGACUCUUGGACCUGUGCUUAUGCUGCACAGGGUUUGCUGGCAGAAUUUUUUUUUUGAUCACUGGGGAAGUUCAGAGACACCCCACAGGUGACAUUAUGGGACUAGAGUUUAAAAUGUAUAAUUCAUUUAAGCAGAGACCAAGAGGUAGGAGACAGAGGGAAAGGUAGUACAAUUGUAGAUUUUGUCAGUUGCUGCACACAGAGAGAACAUAGUUAUUUGGCUUUUUGAUGAUGGUGAAAAUAAAGAAAUAAUGGGAUUCAAUUCAUAGUGUAAAAGGGUCUUCAGAUUGACCUGCUUUAGUCC